AACAACAACAGACGUUCUUAAGUGCGAAUCGGUUAAACAUCGGUCGAUCCGUUACUUUUAUAUUAAAUCCCACGGUAAACAGUCGUAAGAAUUUUAUACGUGUACAAAUUGGUCUAAUAAAAUAAAAUAAAAAAUAAAUUGAUAAACGUUUGUGUUUAUUUGUUCGGUAUCGUAGACGAUUUAAUGUGACUACAACAGCACACAUGAAUUUGCUAGCGAUUUUUUGUUAUAUAACCAUGAUGUGUGACACUCAAUUUUCAAAGCGAAUUGAUCAGCCAGCUGCGAUCACCCAAGUCAAGCGAUUUGAGCAACCGGCUACGAUCGCAAAUCGGAUUGGGCAGAGUACGAUCGCACCUAGGUUCGGACAGCAAACGAUCGCACCUAGGUUCGGACAGCCAACGAUCGCACCUAGGUUCGGACAGCCAACGAUCGCACCUAGGUUCGGACAGCCUACGAACGCAUCUCAGAACGAACAAGCUGCGAUCGMAACUCGGUUCGGCCAAAGUUUUCAGAGUGUGAACAACAGCGUGUCACCAACCACCGAUGGACGUAAGACCACCAGGGAAACGUCAUCAUAUCCAACUCGAUACGAUUUCAUUGAUAUUGAAGCUGUAAUGAAUAAUGAACGAAUUAUAAAAAUACUUUUCAACUGUGUUAUGAACCAAGGACCAUGUACUAGAGAGGGUUUGGAGCUCAAAAGUAAGCACAUAAUAAUAUGAAUACCGUUUUUUUAA